GCGAAAAAGUUCGCGAACUGCAGAGAACAAACAGUACGCGAAUACUGACUGACACGAAUACUGAUCAAAGUCGACGAACACAGUCGGAACGGCCAUGGCGUCCAUGAGGCGUCUUGCCAGGGCACUUACCGCCUCCUCCAAAACCCUAGCUUCCUUUCCUCCCCUCUCCUCGCGUUCUUCUCCCCGCCUUCAGCUCCCUCAGCUCUACAAUCGAGUUUUUGAGCAUCGUGGAUAUUCCAAUGCAUCUGAAGGUCUUCCAUCCAGAUUAAAGAUUGAAAUGUAUUUUCCUGCCAUGUUAGCUGCAUUGUUUGGAGGUGGGCUAAUAAAUGUGGCUUAUGCAGAUGCUGAUGAGGAUGCAGCUAAAAACCCUAUGCCUCCACAGCCUUCUCAAACUUCAAGUUAUAGUGAUCUCGAGGAAACUGCCAAGAAAGAGAGGCUUCGACUUGAAGAGCUGCUUAAGAGCAAAGGAGUGGGAUAUGGCUUUUAUCCUCGAUUUACAGUAGCUGUUAAGGGGCAAAAGGUAACCAUUAGGUUCCAAAUUCCUCCUGCCUGUGAAAUUCCGCUAUUGAUUGCAAAUCUAGUUUCACGUCUCGGAGUGAAAGUUGAUGACAGUGCAUCUGGAGCAGAUAUGUUAUUACGGGCCUGGGACAGUGGUGUAGCUUGGCAACUAACACUUAGCCAACCAAAACAAGAAAGUGGUGAAAAUCAUGCACAAGAAAAGGAUACAAAUGCCACUAAGGAGGAUCUAUGCAUUCUUUUGUUCCGUCCUCUAAUUGGAUCUGAUAAAGCAGAAAUUGAAUUUAUGAAGUCAGGAAGUUUAAGUCCAGAGGAGCUUGAUGCUUUGGUAUCUGUCCUGCAAAUAGCAGGACAACAGAAAACAUUGGCAGUAAGACCGAGGGGUGACGUUGCUAGGGCUCCUCCAAUGGACAAAACUGUUGCCAGUUUGGAGGCCAUGGGAGUGAAGAUUUUUGGACUUACUGAACCUAAUGUAGAUCAUGCAAAACAGGAAAUCUCUUGGGACAACAUUGCCGGCUACAGUCAACAAAAAAGAGAAAUUGAAGACACGAUAUUGCUUGCACUGCAAAGUCCUGAAGUAUAUGAUGAUAUUGCUCGUGGGACACGCUGUAAGUUUGAAAGCAACAGACCAAAAGCAGUGCUUUUUGAAGGUCCUCCAGGUACCGGGAAGACAUCUUGUGCUCGAGUAAUUGCUAAUCAAGCGGGUGUACCAUUAUUAUAUGUGCCGCUGGAGGUUAUCAUGUCGAAAUAUUAUGGCGAAAGUGAGCGUUUAUUGGGAAAAGCAUUUUCACUGGCCAAUGAGCUACCUAAGGGUGCAAUCGUUUUCCUAGAUGAGGUUGAUUCUUUUGCUGUUGCUCGUGAUGGUGAAACACAUGAGGCAACUCGUAGAGUUUUAUCAGUACUAUUGCGACAGAUCGAUGGAUUUGAGCAGGAGAAGAGAGUAGUAGUAGUUGCUGCAACCAAUAGGAAACAAGACCUUGACCCUGCUUUAAUUAGUCGGUUUGAUUCUAUGAUAACUUUCAGCCUCCCGGAUCACCUGACUCGUCGAGAAAUUGCUGCUCAGUAUGCGAAGCACUUGACGCAAUCUGAACUAGCUGAAUUUGCUAAUAUUACAGAAAAUAUGUCAGGUCGAGAUAUCAGGGAUGUUUGCCAACAAGCAGAGAGGCGUUGGGCAUCAAAGAUUAUACGAGGGCAAGCCAAUCCAGGUGAAGGGCAAGCCAAUCAAGGUGAUGAGCAAGUGUCGCUUCCACCUCUCCAGGAAUACGUCGACUGCGCUACAAACCGUCAAAGAUCUCUACUCAGUAUCGAAGGAGAGAAUCGACGCCCCAAUCCUCUGGGGAAAAAACCCCAGUUUGAUUUUGUUUAAAGAUUUUCUUCACUUGUAACAUUAUAAAAGAUUAAUCAUCAAGCUUGUAGCGUGUUGUUGAA